GAAAGCUAGACUUUAGACAUGCUAUGUAAUGUAAUAUUCUAUAUAUUACAUUCGUAGCGAUAGUUUAAAUUUAAUCGAUUAACUAUCAUAAUACCAUUGAUUAUUUGAAACUUACAAGACUCUGUAUGAGACAAGUGUAGUUAUUACAUGUUCCGUUCGCACGAUAAUAUAAAAAUAAGGAAGUGGCAUAAUGGUGUUUUGUUAUAAAAUUAUUACAGAGUCGCCUCGUCGCUCGCGCUGUGUAUCGCCCAGGAAGGCUUCGCCGAGGCGAAUAUCGUAUAUUCCCAGUACAACAUCGGAUCUCGUUGGCACGUUGGACUAUGAUGCAGCGGAUGCGUCGAGCAGCGACGUCUUUGACUCGAUUCCCGAGCGAGACAUCAAACUGCUGCAAGCGCUCGCCCGUAAGAGAGAAGAGAAUCAGGAGAGGGAGAAGCUGGCGGAGUAUUUUCAGAAGAUGUGGCUGAAGGAGAAGGAGGAAAGGGAACUUAUGGAAGCUGAAACGUCAGAGCAAUACAAACGAUAUCUGCACGAGAAGAGAGCGCAAGAACGAAGCAUGAACGAGUACAGAACAUUCCAGAAGAUGGCGGAACAACAGGCGAGAAGGGGCCAGUUGCUAGACUGCAUCCGGUACAAGGAGCAGAGGAGUGCCGAUUUGAAGGCUUGGAAAGAAGAUAAGAAGAUCUCAAAGCUAAUAGAUAAAGCAAUGGAAGAAGAGGCGCGCAUACAACUAGCAAUGGAGCGACGUUGCCGGCUUGACGCGGCUGAUACAUUGCGGCGCCGCAUCGAGCUGCUGCACGCACAGAGGAAGGAGGACGACGCGCGGCAACGUCGUUGUGCCAUUUUGCGAGAUGCUUCUAAACGUGUGGCCAUAUCAAACGCGCUCAGCAGCUGGGAGACAUCGCUCCAACGGCACGAGCUAGCGGCGCAGGACGCGGCGAGACGCGCGAUGUUCGCGACGCAACACGCCAUGAAGCGCGCGCGCAGCGGGCGAGUGACGCGCGCUAUGGACAGGCGGCGGGCGAGAGCGAGACGGAUAGCUGCUGUUACAGAGCUCAUGCGCGAUGUUGUUAGGAGUCAAUGAUUUUGAAACUAAGAGGCUUCACGAUCAAUGGAAUAGAUAUUUAGGCAGUUAAAUAACUAAAAAAAAGUUUAAGUAUUGGAAUGGAUACUUGGCGGAUAUUGUCUGAUAAAAUAAAAUUUCGAAAAAUAUAGCCUA